AUGACAACAAACUCAAUCAUGGCAACAAAUGCUUAUCGAUUGUUCGUCAAUCGGUUGUGUCGAUCCUGUCCUAUGAAAGAACAAUGUUCUCUUUUUAAAAACUUCAUUGAACAACAGGAACGAAAUUCACUUGAGUCAACUCCAUUGAAUCAUUCCGACGUACAAACGAUAGAUAAUCAUCUUACUGUUUCGUCUUCGCAACAUUGCUUUCUCUGUCUUGACGUAUUACAUCGUUACACCUCCGAUGAGUUCAUCCAACAGAUUAAACAAACUGCCCAGUCAACAACUAGCGAUUUCCAAUCAUUCUGUUGUAAUCUGACAUUACCAUUGAAUUUAUUUAUUCGUCAUGCAUAUCUAUUGAAAUUUUUGAAUAAAUAUGUUGGCGAAUGUAACGAAAAAGAUUUACCGAUCAUCAAAGAUCAAUGGAGAAAUGUCAUGAUUGAUCGAUUGGAAGAAGCAUUAGAACGUCCCUAUCAAAUCGAAAGUCCGUUUGAAAUUAAUAUAACAUUCGAUUUCAGCGGUGAAGCAGAAGAACUCAACUUUCUACGACGAUUUCGUUAUGCAGAUAAUCCAAAAUUACAGAAAUCGAAUGCUAACGAAGCAUUUACUCGCCAGGCGGUAACAUCCGUUCUCAACAAUAUUACCUUCGACGAUUUCGAACAAUAUUAUAAACCUGUUAUCAAUGGGAAAACAUCAUGUACGAUAUCAGCUCAACACGAUUCAGUUUAUAUUGCUGGACGUUACAAUAAAUAUUCCCGUACGCUAUCUCAAACCCCGUGGAUCAUUGAUGGAAUUCGUAAGGCUGAUACAUCUGUAGAAGAAUUAAUUGCUCUUCCGAUCAGUAAACUCAUCAGUGCUAAACAUUAUGUUUUUCUUUCAUCCGGUCGAGAGGAUGUCGAUGUACGAACGUUAGGUCGCGGUCGACCGUUUGUUAUUGAAUUUCGGCAACCAUCGAGGAUUCUCUAUCAACCUGAAGAAUUUCAUGCUGUUCAAAAUGAGAUCAAUACCUCGACAAAAGAUGUUCGUGUGCGAGAUUUGCAACAAGUAUCAAAAGAAGACAGUAAUCAAAUCAAAGAAGGAGAAGAAGAGAAAACCAAAUGUUAUGAAGCUCUAUGCUACACUGAUACGCAGAUUGAUCAGGAGGAACUCGAUCGAAGAUUAGCUUCCGUAGCGAAUCCUUUGGUCAUUGAACAAAAAACUCCCAUACGAGUUUUACAUCGACGAACAGUAAUGACACGGCAACGGUCGAUUACUGAAUUACGUGCAACUAGUAUCGAUGCCUAUCAUUUUCGCUUACGAUUAACUACUCAAGCCGGUGCAUAUGUUAAAGAAUUCGUUCAUGGAGAUUUCGGUCGGACGAAACCAAACUUAACUGUAAUACUCGAUCGUUUUGUGGACAUUCUUGAACUAGAUGUCUUAGCAGUAAAUAUCGAUUUUCCGCCGACGUUAGAGAUCGAAAAUGAACAAGAUAACGCUUGUGAUACAAAUGGCAAAUAA